AUGGAUCAAGUUCGUGGUAGAUAUAUCGGAGAUGCUUUGAAACAGUUUCAAGCUGAAUAUGGAGACACUUUUCAAAUUUAUUUGGGACUAUUGCAUCUAAUUUGUGUAUGUAAUCCUGAAGAUGUCCAACAUGUAUUCACCCAUCGACAUAUUUAUGAACAAGGUGAUUUACAUAUAAAUCAACAUCGGGUUGUUUUUAAUGAUGCACUCAUAUGCAACAUAGGACCCAAAUAUAAACGUCAUGCGAGUAUAAUUCUUCCUCUAUUUCGUCGUGGGAAAAUCUUAAAUAAUUAUGAUUUAAUUAUUGAUUGUACUGAUAAAUUGCUUGAUCAAUGGCGAUCAACAACUGAUAAUGAUCCCAAACACUUUCAUCUUAACAUUGUUGAUCAAUGUCAAAAUUUAUCAUUAGCAAUCUUUGGUUUUAUUGGUUUUGAUUAUGACUUUCAAACAUUAAAAGAAUCCAAUAUUAAUAAAACAAACAACCUUACACAAGCUUUAAAUCAAGUUCAGAAAACUGAAGUCGCAAAACCUGAACAAGAAAAAAAAGGAUUAUAUCAUGAAGAGGUAAUUAAUGAGUUGCUUCUCUUUAUUGUGGCUCGUUCGGAAACAACAGGAGCUACAGCCAGUUGGUUCAUUUAUUUUAUGAGUAAAUAUCGUCGUGUACAAGCUUUAAUUACAGCAGAACUUCGUAGUAAUAAAUAUCAUGCUAUGGGUGUGGAACAAAUUGAAUCAUUGACUUAUUUGGAUCGUAUUAUACAAGAAAUUUUACGUUUUCUUCGACCUGUUAUCAGUACAACUCGUACAUUAACUGUAGAUGAUCAAUUACCAGGGAGUGGUGUUCAAUUGCAUAAAGAUGAUGAAAUAUGA